AUCUUAUUGAACUACAUAAUACGAUGCCAUGCAGGCUGGGAGUACAGAAGACGGUUCGCAGAGGCCCCUACAACAGGCGAGCAAUCGUACUCGCCCGAGGAUUACUUUGGGAAACAAGAGACCAGUAGCUUGCCACAGAUGCCAUGCUCAGAAGGUCAAGUGCUCGGGUGAAACACCCUGUUCCAGAUGCAACAUGGCUGGGUGUGCAAACGAAUGCAGUUACGUAGUCCGCGAUCGAAAAGUCCGCGUUGACGAAAGCUAUCUCGAACGCUUGAUUGAAGACAGCGAGGAGCUCCGUCAAUACCGCUUGAACUCCAGGAAUACCAUCUGUAAUAGCCUAGAAAGCGGCCAUCCAUCCACUGAAAAGAACGAUUUCAACCCCCACAACCCGCUGCUGGAAGACCGGCCAUGGUUCCAGACACAUGAAGGGUUGGCGCUCCCCGUCUUUAUCAGUGAAGCGGCCUGCACAGGAUUUGCUACGCGCCUCUGUCAAUGUCUCGACGGUGAAGGCAUUGUUGUUUCACAUAUUCCCCGGAUGCAAUAUGUUGCAGAGCCGACACUUAACCAGCUUUCACAGACCGGAGUCCAAUGGCCCAGCCUGAGUCGUGCGCGCUUGCUGGUCAAGACUGCGCUGGGUCACAUCAGCCCACCGUUUCAUGUUGCCUUAGUGAAAAGCACCAUUGAAUAUCUUCAUGGCAUCUAUGAGCGAAGGGCUUUCGAUGAUCCAGUCCUGAGUUGCAAGUACUUUGCUCUUUUUGCUCUGGGAGAGUUAUACUCGAUUUCCAAUGACCGAACCACUCAGGGCAUGGUGCCUGGAAUGGCCUACUAUGCUCGAGCCAUCGGAUUAACUCCCGUGCUGCCCGAGAGACCUACUAUCAUGCACAUCGAGUCCCUUCUGAUGCUGGCUCUUUAUAGUCAGUCCCUCAACCGACAGCAUUCCGCAUAUCUUAUGGUCGGAACGGCGCUGCGCUUUGCACUAUUCCUCGGGUUGAAUCAUAACAUUCCUGACUGUCACUGCCCAGAUCGAAAAGCGCGGGAACAUCGUGCCCGCCUUUGGUGGACAAUCUACAUCUUUGACCGAUCCUGGGGUCUCAAGCUUGGGCUUCCAGGGCAGACCAACGACGAAGAUAUUCAAGUCGGCCUACCCAUUGAUCUUGAUGAUGAAGUCUACCGCGACGAGUUUGUGGAUAGCGCGUAUCAAGUAGCGUUCAUCAAAUUAGCCCGAAUCUCCACUCAGAUCAUGCGAACGAUCUAUAGCCGCAAACAGUUCCCCGAGACCUUUCUACAAAGAGAGCAGAGCAUCCUUCUCAAAUUGCAGCAGUGGAUGCAAUCGCUGCCCGAGCAUCUACGCCUUCACACAAGCAAUCAUAACCCCAAGUGCACCAUCCUCAUUCACCUGCAAUUUAACUACUGCGUCAUCCUUGCCAUUCGACCAAUCCUCCUAGGCAUCCUGAACCACCUCACGUCCGGUCCAGAAAGCACUAUCCGCCCGACCCUCGUCGCUUUGAAAGAUGCGUGCAUUCAUUCCGCACGCCACACUUUGAUUCUCUGUGCGGAUGAAUGGACGAACGGCUCCUCCUCCACCUACGGCUACGCCUUUGCUCAAUACAUCUUCACCUCGGCUCUCAUUCUGAUAAUCUCGAGCCUUCUCCCUGGCGGAACGGCAGAGGAUUUUGCCUCAGUGGAUACAGCCGUCGAGAUGUUAAACUCCCUUGUCGCUAAUGGCAGCCUCGUCGCGGAUGACCUGUAUCAGCAUCUCAUUCGCGCCCAGAACUGUUUGCGGACUGGGCGCUUUGCAUCGCGGUUCCCUAUUACGGAAAGUGAGACUAAUCAUUACCUUAACACGUCGUUCUCACCACCUGAUAACUUCUCACAUAAUCCCAAUCUUGACGUGCAGUCUUUGAACCCCUCGACCAUGAUCCACACACCCGGUCUAGGGAACGCAGUGACCGGAGAUCCGAUGUACUUGACCGCUGAGAUGGCGCUAUAUCAACCGCUCAUGCAGGACUUUCUUACCCAGUCGGUUGGGGAUCUCGGGUGUUUGGACAUUCCGGAAGUUCCUGCGGCAGGCUCGGAUGUCUGGCCCGGACUUCCGCUAUGGACUACCUGGUGAUCUUGGUGUAGGAACCGGGGUCUGGUUAAGAUGCAUGAGGACCCUACAAACUACCAUUCUUUGUAUACUGUUGGAAACCGAGGGGAUAAGUCUCAAGAAUUUCUACUCCUUUAUGAGUCGAAAAAACAUAAUUAGUCAGAUUUAGUCUCCCAACGUCGGUAUUCAGUGAUGGCGUAACGAUGUUCA